AUGUCGUCUCCCGCUCGUCAGCUCCUCGAGCUGCUGUCCGCGUCUCUAUCGACCAUCGAGAAAGUAUGCGCAGAGAAGCGUUUCGAGAUUCCGGACUUGAACGCGCCGUUCCACCCUGCGAGCGAGGCGUUCCGCAGCGACCCCAUUGCUGGCGAAGCAGCGAAUGUCCUGAGCGCCGCCGCUCUUCAAUUAGCUGCCAUAUUCGCCCCACCGCAGGUUUCUCUGUACCAUAUGGUUGGCGGAUUCUUCAGAUCUGCUGCUCUCCGCGUCUGUCUCGAGUCAAGUGUGACCGAGAUCCUUCGCGAAGGAGGGCCGAAUGGAGUCCACAUCAACGAUAUUGGAGCGAAGAAUGGCCAGGACCCACAAAAGAUCGGGCGCUUUCUUCGUAUACUCUCGAACCACCAUGUAUACAGGGAAGUGAGGCCGAACAUUUUUGCGAAUACACGUAUUUCGAGCAUGCUCGAUACGCUAAAACCCAGCGUGGAAAUUAUAGCCCAUCCCGAGAAGAAGCAUGAGAACACACAUGGCCUUCCUGCGUUAGCCGCCCACCAUCUCGACGAAGCCUUCAAAGCAGCCGCCUACUCCUGGGAGAUAGUUUCCGACCCGCAAAGUACCGACGCCCCGACCGACACACCUCUCUCCCGUGCGACUGGUAGGAAGGAGACGCUAUGGGACUACUACCAGCGCCCGGAGAACCUGUAUAAGUACAAACGAUUCAAUAUUGGCAUGCAAGGUGUUCGGGCGCUCCAACCUGAGAACGCAAGCUUGGAUGCUUUCGAUUGGGGAAGCCUUGCUCCAGGCUCCGUCGUCGUUGAUGUUGGUGGAGGCGUCGGAACCGCGUCUCUCCCUAUUGCACGCAAGUACCCUGAACUUUAUGUCAUCCUUCAAGAUCUCCCUCCCGUCAUCGAGGACGCCAAGAGGGUGUGGUCGAAGGAAUUACCAGACGCAUUGACAUCUGAACGUGUUACUUUAGAAUCCCAUGACUUCUUUACGUCCCAACCCCACAAAGGAGCCGAUGUGUUCAUCCUCAAGCAAAUCCUCCACGACUGGGCAGACCCGUCCUGUGUCAAAAUUCUGACCCAACUGCGAGAGGCUGCGUCUCCGAACACCACGCUGGUCCUUAUGGAGAGCUUAAUGCCAUUUGCAUGUCAUGACCCUGGCUCUGAUCUCGGGGGCGAGACACCUGGGGCUGUCCCCAAGGAGGCACCCGCACCUUUGCUCGCCAAUUACGGUGCAGCAAACGAUAUGGGGUUCAACGCUGAUAUCACUAUGUUCCUCCUCCUGAAUGCUCAAGAGCGCACUGUUGUGGAGAUGGAUGACCUUCUCCGUCGCACAGGCUGGAAGAUGGCCUGUGUGCAUCGUCAGGAGGGUGGCGACAGUACUUUCAUACAAUCGAUUGAAGCUGUGCCUGUAAAAUGUAUGUAG